AUGAAGAAAUUGGGGACUGUUCAAAAUGAAGAUGUGAAUGAGGAGGCUUAUACACAUGUAAGGAAUAAGGAAAAGCAGAAGGAACAAAAGAAGAAGAAGAAGAAGGCAAAAUUGGAAAUUAAUGACGACGGGAAGGAAUUUGAGAAGGCUAGAGAGAAGGAUAAGAGAAUUAAUGAUGGUGAGGAAGUUGGUGAACUUAGAGAGGUUUUGAAGGAAACCAACAAGAUAGGAGAAGAGAACAUGAACCUAAGAAUGAAUGACAACAAGGAUUCUGAGUUGGGAAUAAGAAGAGAGAAGAAAAAGAAGCAUCGAGUGGAAAAGAGGGUGGCUUCCUAUAUGAAUGAAUUCCUUGAGGAUAAUAACAAUAUGGAAGAGCUAGUUAAGGGGCAGGGAGUUGAAGAUAAUGGAGUUAAUGCACGUUCACCUAGGAAUGAGAUGGGGGAGAGAAUUGUGCACGCCAUUAGUGCAGAAGAUGGAGACAAGGAUGUGAAGCCAAAGAAGAACAAGAAGAAGAAGAAGGAGAAGGAGAAGAAGAGGAAGGCCAAGUCAGAUAAACAGGUUUCAGAACAAAAUGAUGAUAAAGGGGUGGCAAGAACCAAAAAAGGUGUUGGGAAUAUUUAUGAAAAUUCUACAACUGGGGGCACAUCUAAGAGAGUAAGAUUCUCUGAUCAUUUGGAGGGUUUUACUUUAUCUGAUGGUCCAAUUGAUGCAAAGAAUGAUGACAAUGAUGGAUUAUUACGGGGUAAGAGGUUUUCACAAGAAGAAGAUGAGAUGGUUAAACAGGCUGUUUUCCACUACAUAGCAGUACAUAGCUUAGGUGAUGAAGGCCUAAAUAUGGUUCUUCACUGUAAAUCUCACUCUGAAUUAAAAAAUUGUUGGAAGGAAAUAGGAGCAGACUUACCUUGGAGGCCUCCCGAGAGCGUAUAUCAUCGAGCCCAUGUUUUGUUCGAAAGGGGUGAGAAGCGUAAAUGGACCCCUGAAGAGUAUGAACUUAUCCGUAGUUACCAUGAAAAACAUGGAUCAGAGUGGAAAAAGUUGGCUGAUAAACUUGGCAAACAUAGGUUUCAUGUAAAGGAUACAUGGCGUAGAAUAAGAUUGCCAAAUAUGAAGAAAGGGCGUUGGGAACAAGAUUAGUACCAAAUCUUAUUUGGCUUAGUUAACAUGGAUCUGCGCAUGAAGGCCUUGGAAGAAAAGAAAGAAAAAAACUCGAAGCACGGUAUGUUGCGAGAUGAUCUCUCUUGGGAAGCCAUUAGUAACAAGUUCAGAACCAGAAGCAGUGUUCUUUGCUGCCAGAAAUGGUAUGACCAAUUAACAUCACCUAUGGUGCGUGAAGGUAUAUGGGCCAACACUGAUGACUACCACCUGAUAGAUGCUAUUUAUAACUUGGAUGCUUUCUGCAUACAAGAUGUGGACUGGGAUAAUCUGCUUGAGGAUAGGUCUGGAGAUGUAUGUCGAGAGCGAUGGGACCAAAUGGUCAAACACAUUGGUGAGCAUGCCAGCAAGUCAUUUGCUGAACAAGUUGAAAUCCUAUCACAACGGUAUUGCACAGAUGUACUUGAAGCAAGAGAGAACUGUGACAGCAAGCCUGCAGUUUAG